CAGACCUGUGGUAUUCUGCCACUGAGGCAGAGAGGAGGAGGAGAGGGACUGUCACUGGGGGAAAUAAGAGAAGAGAACGCAGAUGGAGUCUUUUUGAGAAAAUACAAAAAGAAGAGUGGAAAAAUAAUGAUCUCCUUCCUUUCAUGGGAAACUCAUGUGAAGAAGGGAGCUCCGUGGGGAAAUGUGAGAGCCAACUGGCAGCAGGGUGGAAAUCUGAGGAGGAAACACAUAGAACAGGACAACCAGUACCGUUCUGGAUUUAAAGAAAACACAUCAGUGAGUCGACAGAGGGUUGAGGAUCCAACCCAGAGGACAGAGGAGUGAUGUCUUGGCUGUCACCUGUGUCAUGGGCCAAAUGGACGUGGACGGCGGUGCGAGGGGGAGAAGAGGAGGAUGAGGAGGGGAGGGAGGCCAGCGAGGAGAGCGAGCAACGUGGAGAGAGAGGGGAGGAAAGAGAGGAGGAUGAAAGAUCUCAAGGCUUCAGCUCUGACUCAGAGGGGAAUUUUGGCACCCCUGAAGCUGCAACUCCUGUCCACGUGCCUGCGACCAUCCUGGGAGAGCUGGAGAACAACAACACUGAUGCAGAAAAAACAGACUUGGAUCAGGACGAGCACCUGAUAGUGACAGCUCCUGUUGACGAUCACAACGGUUUUCUUAGACACAACAUGGGUCAGGAUGAGCCUGUGGUCCCCAUGGGGGGCCCACUGGAAAUAAACAUGCAGACACUGGAAGCAGAAAAAACAGAUGCUCUGGGCUCCAUGCUUGUCCCUGAUUCCUCCUCAGUGAAGGAAUCUCCUCAGCAGGCCGAAUGCACAGUGCCUUCCUCUGAGGCAUCUCAGGACACAGAAUCCAUCCUACAUGCAGACCCCGUCCUUGAUCUAGCUCCAGCUCAAACUCCUGCCCCAAUCUCAGCCCCAGCCCCAAUCUCAGCCCCAACCCUAGCUCCUGCCCCAAUCUCAGCCCCAGCCCUAGCUCCUGCCCCAAUCUCAGCCCAAGACCCGGCUCCUGCCCCAAUCGUAGCCGUAGACCCAGCCCCAGCUCCUGCCCCAAUCUCAGCCCCAGCCCUAGCUCCUGCCCCAAUCUCAGCCCAAGACCAGGCUCCUGCCCCAAUUGUAGCCGUAGCCCCAGCCCCAGCUCCUGCCCCAAUCUCAGCCCCAGCCCUAGCUCCUGCCCCAAUCUCAGCCCUAGACCCGGCUCCAGCCCCAAUCGUAGCCGUAGCCCCAGCCCCAGCUCCUGUCCCAAUCACAGCCCCAGCUCCUGCCCCAAUUUCAGCCCCAGACCCAAUCACAGCCCCAAUCACACCCCCAGCUCCUGCUCAAAUCUUAACCCCAGCUCCUGCCCCAGUCUCAGCCCCAGCUCCUGCCCAAAUCUCAGCCCCAGCUCGAGUCCUUGCUUUUGCCCCAGCACCAGACCCAGACUCAGUACAGAGCAGUGAACCUGAGGAAAAACCUUUAACUGUUUCAGAACCAGAGUGCAAUGGCCUCCCCAAACAGACGGAGCCCAUUCGAAAGACUAAAACCAGCAAACCUAAGCCUCCGGCCCUGAAAAUGAAGGUUUCUCUGGACGAGCUUGGACAAUCAAAUGAGGAACAAGAACUUCCUGUUCCCAAUGCCACAUACAACUUUGAUCCUGACCAGCUGGAUGGGAGCUUUAACCCUUUUACCAGUGGUGGACCAAAAAUCCAAAACUCUCCUCCCCCAUGCAGUCCAGACUCUCUACCGAGACUUGAGCCACCUGGUAGCUCAUUUCCUGUUUGCGAGGCCAGCUCAGCAGCAGAACCACAGAUAAUGGAGCCCUCAUCUGAGACUAAACCUAUGAUUCUGGAGUUCGGUCUGGAUGAGGGGCCAGUCAGUAAACCACCUCCGAGGAAAUUAGGUGGAAAAAAGACAAUCAGUAAAUUCACAGCAAAGAAGCAGAGGCCAAAAAGACAAGAGGCCUACAGCAAACCUGCACCAGAACCCACAGAGCCAGAACCAGUACCUCAACCAGAACCAGAACUAGAACCAAUUUCACAGGCAAUUUCAGAACCAGUUACAGAUCCUCUCCCAGCAACUUCUUUGCCAGUUUCAGACUCUUCCGCUCCAUUGAACCUUGACGACGUUCCUAUUCCUAAAUCAGGAACAUACAACUUUGAUCCUGACCAGCUGGAUGGGAGCUUCAACCCUUUUACCAGUGGUGGACCAAAAAUCCAAAACUCUCCUCCCCCAUGCAGUCCAGACUCUCUACCGAGACUUGAGCCACCUGGUAGCUCAUUUCCUGUUUGCGAGGCCAGCUCAGCAGCAGAACCACAGAUAAUGGAGCCCUCAUCUGAGACUAAACCUAUGAUUCUGGAGUUCGGUCUGGAUGAGGGGCCAGUCAGUAAACCACCUCCGAGGAAAUUAGGUGGAAAAAAGACAAUCAGUAAAUUCACAGCUAAGAAGCAGACGCCAAAAAGACAAGAGGCCUCCAGCAAACCUGCACCAGAACCCACAGAGCCAGAACCAGUACCUCAACCAGAACCAGAACUAGAACCAAUUUCACAGGCAAUUUCAGAACCAGUUACAGAUCCUCUCCCAGAAACUUCUUUGCCAGUUUCAGACUCUUCCGCUGCAUUGAACCUUGACGACGUUCCUAUUCCUAAAUCAGGAACAUAUAACUUUGAUCCCAACCAGUGGGAUGACCCGAGCUUCAAUCCGUUUGGCAGUAACAGCAACACGAGCAGCUCUCCUGUGCUCCCCAAGGGCUCUUACAGCUUCGACCCAGACACAUUUGAUGACUCUGUGGACCCUUUUAAAUCCUCCCAAAGUCUGAGCACAGAGGAAUCGUCCAGUAGCACCGCUCAGCCCGAGAAGAAAGUGAAAGAAGAAGUAAAGCAGAAAGCUGGGCCCUUGCCUGGUGAGAAGAAAGUGAGGCAGAUUCCCAAGAAAAGCAAAGAGAGGAAUUCCUGUAAAGUACAGAAAUAUGAUGAAAGCCAGUCCAUGGUGCUUGAUGUGUGUAAUCAGGGGGAGGACGAGGUGGUGGUUCAGACCCCAGAGAUCACUCAGCGGGUUAAUCAUGCCACCGAUGAGGAGAAGUUGGCCUCCACUGGCUUCAUGGGCCAGACAAUGGAGAGCCAGGAGGAGAAGGGAGAACCUGAAUGUAAUAAGGCACCAGUUGAUGUUAUGGAUGGCCCUAAGACAAAGAUUUCAGAUAAGCAGGAGGAGGAGGACCCCUGCAGCCUGAAGGAAGAUAUAAGUGAGUUAUGCAUGAACCAAACUAUAAAGAUUAGCAGCACCGAUGCCACAGGCCCAGGAGCCUUGAGCCAGGACAACUUACCACUGAGUGAGAUGGACAAGGCUGCAGUUCUCACCCUGAUCAGAGAAGAGAUCAUCACUAAAGAGAUUGAGGUGAACGAGUGGAGGAGAAAGUGCGAGGAGAGCAGGGCUGAGGUUUUUGAGAUGAGGAAAAUAGUUGCAGAAUAUGAGAGGACAGUUGCACAGAUGAUUGAGGACGAGCAGCAGCAGAAGACGCUGUCCUGCAGUAAGUCAGUGAGGCAGCUGACCUUAGAGAGAGAUCAGGCUCUUGCUGACCUCAACUCAGUGGAACGCUCCUUUGCUGACCUCUUCAGGAGGUAUGAAUCCUUGAAGGGAGUCCUGGAAGGCUUCAAGAAGAAUGAGGAGGUGCUGAAGAAGUGUGCACAGGACUACCUGAUGAGGAUCAAGCAGGAGGAGCAACGAUACCAAACCCUCAAGGUUCAUGCUGAGGAGAAACUGGACAAGGCGAAUGAAGAGAUAGCCCAGGUGCGAGGCAAGGCCAGCGCUGAGGGCGUGGCUCUGAACGCCAGCCUGAGGAUGGAGCAGAUGAAGGUGGACUCACUUGAAAGAGCUGUGCUUCAAAAGAAUCAAGAGAUCGAGGAGCUCACCAAGAUCUGCGAUGAACUGAUCGCCAAAAUGGGAACAGACUGAUAGGCCUACGUGUGAUGUAAAUUCUGUACAGGACAUCUCAGCGUUCUCUUUGUCAGCUCAUGUGUUUAAAUAAUUGGAGAUUAUUGAAAUACAGGUUGAAAUAUGGUUGCACUUUCUUGUGAUAUUUUCAGAAUGAAAUAUAAAGCAGAUUUAUGUCAUUGUGUAAUUUAAGAAGCACAAAGUUAUCUUGAGGGGUAUUUUAAUAAUAUUGAAGGAGAAGUAAGGUGAUCAAAUUCCUGCUAUGAUUUGUUGAUCUUUUAUUUUGGAUUUAAUUAAUUAUUUUGAGGUUAAAUGAUUAGUCGUGAUGUUUUUCAUCUUCUCCUUUAUUUUCCAACAUCAUUUUUUAUCAAACUUCUCUCACACAAGGCUGUAGAAAAUAAUGUGGAAACUAAGAGAAAGAAAAUGUGCACAGACACUUUUGACCACAGAAGGUCUACAAUGUUAAAUCUGAUACAGGAAAACAAAUGAGUGUAUUCAAUUUAAAAUUUGAUGGUAUUUCAUUUGUGAUACAGAUAGUUUUGCUCUGCUGUUUACUUUUUAUCAUCAGUAAAUGAGCUGGAAGUAAUAUUGCAGAUAUUUUUCAUCAUUAUUGUUUCACAGAUUUUGAAGUCAAACCACAACGAUUUUACAUCUUGAUCACUUGACCCUUUACAUCUCGGGGAUUGGGAUCGGGAAAUUUCAGGAGCACUUAUGAAGCUCAAGCCUUUCACUCAGCUAUAUAAUAUGUUCAUUUGAUGGGAGUUUGAUGAUGGGUGAAGAUGAACGUUUCAAGUAGUACAAUUUUGCUUAUUAUACUUAAUAAUGAACCAUGUGCCAAGAUUAAUUUUCUCUCGCUCUGCCUUUGAGUGUGGAAAAGCACAGUCUGACGCUGCCAUGUAGAUAUAUUUGGAUCGUAUUGAUAUUUUAUGUGUGUGCUCACAUGUUGCUAGUGUGCCUUUAUUUUGUUUAUUAUGAAAAAGAGAGUUUGUCACACCUCAUUGUUUCCAUAGUCUGUUGCCAAAAUGUAUAUUUCUAGGACUAAAGUACAACAGUGAGUCAGCAUGGGUUUACAGUUAUAAUGUUUUACCUGCAGUUAAAAAAACAAUGAUUUAUUUGUGCACAAGAUGGACCACAUUACUUUUAUGGUAAAGGUCUGUGAUUUGGGAGCAGUUUAUGAUCACAUGUCCAGUGGACAUCCUCUGGUCAGAUAUCACUCAGACAUGUAUCAUAUAUAAAAGACAGGUUUUUGUAUAAAAACCUUAUUUCAUGUCAGCACAAUCAGUUGUAAAAUGUUUGUGUAAACUGAGAUGGGUUUCAGUGUGACCUUGUCCGGUUGUGUUGGUGUUACAGUGAAGGUGCUUUUCAAUGCAAACCCAUUGUUACAUUAUAAUAUGCGUGAAUUUGAUACUUUAUGAAAAGAAUAUUCCGAAUUCCAUUGCUAAUAUUUGUAAACUUGAAGAAUUAAUAAGAAUAUACUCAGAUUAUUUUGUGCAUUCCUGAAUAAAUGGUUUAAAAGAUUUAAUAUGA